AUGUCGUACUACCUGGCGCUGCUCAGCCGCCAGGAUAAGCCAAUAUACGAGCUCAAGUUCGGAUCCAGCCGGCAGGGUGGCGACGGCCAGCCACACUUCGACAAGGCCAUGGACGACCUGACGCCGUUUGUAGUCCACGCCGCGCUGGACGUGGUGGACGAUGUCCAGUGGACGACGCCGGCAAUGUACCUGAAGACCGUGGACAACUUUUACAGCUACAUGAUCUCUGCGUUCGUGACAGCCGGCAACAUCCGCUUCAUGCUUGUGCACGAGACGAAAAACGAGGAGUCCAUCCGCCAGUUCUUCCUCGACGUCUACGAUCUCUAUGUAAAGACACUCAUGUCACCAUUCUACCGGGUGACCGAUAAAAUUCAGAGCCCCGCAUUCGACACCAAAGUCCGUGCACUGGCCAGAAAAUAUUUAUAG